AUGGACGCCAACAGAGCUGAAAUGGAACUUGAAAGUACAAAAUUGCGUAGACAAUUGACUGCAUUUCAAUCUGAAUUAGAAGCUCUACGAACAAAAGUUCAAAAAUUAACUGAUGAAAAUGAUUCUUUACGACGUGAAUUACGACGUAGCGUUGAAGAACGUUCAUCAGGCAUUCAUCCAGAUACUUUUUUAAAUAUAAAUAAUGAUUCUAUUAUUGAAAUACGAAAAAAACAAUUAGAAUUAUUAGAACAAGAAAAAGAAGAAGCAAUGAAUUUAUAUGAACAAAGUAGACAAAUAAUUAUUAAACUUGAAGAAAAAAUCGAAGAUUUAGAACAUCCAUUAAAACCACAUUUAAUUAGACUUGAUAUGGAAACUAAACAAGCACAAGAAGAACAUGCUCGAGCUGAAGUACAACUUAUACAAGAAAUAAAUAUGAUGCGUGAAGAACUUACAAAACGAAGUAGAGAAUUAGUGAAUUGUCAAUUACAUGUCAAAGAAUUAGAACGACAAAAUGAAAUACUUCAAUCUGAAGUUUAUCAAAAACAAGAUGAUUUGCGUAAUUAUUUAAAAAAAGAAAUGGGAUAUGAUGGAACUUUUGUUGCAUUUCAAAGUUCAAUUGAUGCACUUGAAGUUAGACUUCAACAAGCUGUAAAAGAAAGAGAAAAUGCUCUACAACAACGAGAUGAUAUGGAAUCAAAAUUAAGAGAUUUAACACAACAAAAUCGUUCUCUACAAGAAAAACUUGCUGAAGCAAUAGAUCAAUUACAACGACAUGUUCAACUUCAUAAUACAAUCGAUCAUACACGUGAUGAUGGUCAUGAUCGAUUGGAACAUGAACGAAUGCAUCGAACAAUUGAUGAACUUAUAGAACAAGCAGCUGUUAAAACACGCAAUGCUGUUGAAGAUGUACGACAACAAUAUAAUGAGAAUUUAGGAAGAAUUAUGGAAGAAUAUAAUAAUAUGGAAACGGCAUUAAAUCAAAAACAAAUUGAAUUUGAUAAAUGUUUAAGAGCUAAACGAUCUGUUGAUGAUGAAUUAGAAAAGAUUUUACAAGAACGACGUCUUAAUUUAGAAAAAAGUGCAUUAGAUAAUGAAGAUUUAACUAAACGAUGUGUACAAGCUGAACGUGAACGAGAUGAAAUACAAUUAAAAUUUGAACAAAAUCAACAAGCAUAUAAAAUGCUUCAACAAUCAUAUGAAGCUAAAAAAAAAAGUCAUGAACAUAAACAAAAAGAAUUAGUGGAACGAUCACAAAAAUUAACAAAUGAUCUUGAUAAAAUGACUCGUGAUUAUACAUCAGCAUUUAAUGACUUGAAUGACUUAAAAAAAAAAUUAUCAAUAACACAAAAUGAACAAACAUCAUUACAUAGACGAAUGGCUGAAUCAGUUAGAAGACAUGAAGAAAAAAUAAUUGAAAAAGAAAAAGAAUGUUUAGUACGUUUAACACAAAGAGAUGAUGUUAAUAGAAUAACAUUUAAUGAAUUACGUAAUUUAGUUAAUCAACAACAACGAAUGCUUGUUAAAUAUAAAGAAGAAUGUCAUACAAUAGCUAGUCAAAGUGAAACAACAAUAACUGAAUUAAAACAAAAAGUUGAUAAUUUACGUUCACGUAAUGAACAAUUACAAUCUGAAAUUGUUGAUGUUAAACGAAAAGAAGCUGAAAUGGAUCGAAUACUUUCAAAAAAUACAAAUCGUAUGAAAUUAUUAGAAAGACGUUUACAUGAUGCAGAAGAACAAGCUAUUGAAGCAUCAAGACGAAUUGCUAAACAAUUAGUACGUGAUCGAUUCGCCAUAAAACAAGGUGAUCGUUAUUCAGAUUCAACAAUGCGACCCAAUCAUUCAACUUCAUUACUUAAUUUAACAGCACUUCAACCACGAACUAGGCCUUCAACAGCAAGAACCGAUACUACUGAACAUCUUUCCGAUGACAAAUAA